ACAAUCCCUGAUUCAAACAGCUUUUUUUGCGUAUCGCGUACCACCUCUCUAGAACAUAAACCUUGAUUGUCAACAGUAAUAACAAAACGCCCCGCACAGUUCCGUGGCGAAUUCGUUUUAAAAUUCAAAUUUACCACAAAAAAAGUAACUCCCUGAUGGUCGGACUUGUGCAUCCUGAUUGGACCACUUAGUAUAGCGCACGAAAUGCAUUCCCAGCGGCAGCAGAACUACACCGAAAUCUACGAUCUGCUGCGGAAGCUGUGCAAACAACUCGUAGGCGAUCGAUAUGGAUCGUCGUUAAAGAGUGCCACCCAGCUGCUGGCCAAUACACCCAAUUCGAUUUCAACCUCCGGUACCGAGGAGUCUACCAUUAUAGCCCGAGUCGGGCAGUAUCUGAGCGGGAGGAGCCAAAGCGAUAGUGCGCUUUUCAACGGACUGCACGAGCAGCUGAGUGCCUAUGCGGACAGCAAACGGAGGGCGCAAAUUCUCGAGUUUCUGCUGCUGCUAGCCGAUACAAAUGGUGGGGCAGGACCGCACGGAACGAACGGUCAUUUGCUGAGCUUGCAUGUUGACUUGCGCAACGAUAUGAGUGCGAGCCUACCCCCGGUGGAUGGUGGCGGUCAACGGUCUUCGGGAGGAGAAUCCGGUAGCGGGGGUGGAUUGGAGAAUGUCUUCUCCAAGAUCGAACUGCGUACCCGGUUGACGGAUGGUGUGAGUGGUGGGAUGAAGAUAAUCCCGUUCAAAGGUGGAUCGAUGGUAUCCGAUGGGCGAAGUUCUACCACGUCGGGGGAACUGUCGGAAGAGGAGGGAUUGGUAGCGUCGAGCAAUCUUCAGGAUCAACUCAUUCAGGAUGUGAUAUACGCAUGCACUGGGAUUCAGGGAAAGUACCUCCGGAGACACGUAGUGACGGGAGAAUUCAAGCUAGAUCAUGUCAAGGUUCGAACGUUGACCAUAGGGGAUGCUGGGAUGCUACUGCAGUUGGCUGAAGUGGGCCAUUUCCACAAUCGAGUGGUGAAGUUUACCGAUCCGAAGAGCGAUUGCUACAUGAAGGGGAACUUCGGCCAGGGUUAUAUAGCUGCCUUGCAGCGAGAGCUAACGCAGUACUAUGGUAUGCUGGCGAUCUUGCAGGAAGACUUGAACCGCCAGCGGAGGGAACGAGCCGGCAUGUUAGGUGGUGACCGACUCACACUGAAAAAGCUUCGACUUUGGUUGGCUGGACCGAUGGAGCGUUUGCAGUGGCUUGCGCUGAUAUCGGAGUCGUGUAAAGAGCUGAAGGGUGGAUCUCUAGCUACCACAGUCUUCGAUUACACUACCAAUGGCCAUCCGGAAAAUCGUGAGCUAGCGCUGGAGUUGCUACGGUCCGCGUGUAUACCGCUGCAACAUGCCUUGAUUCGUUGGCUCGUCAAUGGAGAGAUUAUCGAUCCGAAUUGUGAGUUUUUCAUCGAGGAGAUAUCCGAGGUUGGGUUCGACCAACUGUGGCAUCACAAGUAUCGGAUCCGUAGAAGUAUGCUGCCGAGCUUCGUGAGCGAUACGAUGGCUAAGAGGAUUCUGGUCAUUGGGAAAAGCAUCAACUUUCUGCGGGAAGUUUGUCAGGAUAAAACGCCAGUUAAGGCGAGAAACGAUCUGAAGCAGUGCUUGGAAAGCGACAUGGAUUCUCUGUUUUCUCCUAUUUGCACCACAAAACUGCACCAGUUAGUGAAUAGUGUGUAUCUGAAUACCUCCAAACAGGUGCUGGAUAUUGUGUUGGGACCUCAUCGGCUACUGGAUCAUUUACAGGCCAUGCGUAACUACCUGCUGCUCGGGCAGGGCAAUUUCGCCGACAUUCUGAUGAAGAAUCUACACAGCGAGUUGGAUCGACCUGCAAGUGAAAUCUUCCAGUACGAUCUGUUCUCGAUGCUUGCGACGGCUGUCCGGGUUUCAACCUCCGAGCAGGAAGAACCUGACGUCCUCAACUAUUUGGACGUACAUUUCCUAACCCAUUACGAGGGUGAAGCCGGUUGGGAUGUUUUCAGUCUAACGUACAAAGUUUGCGGCCCUCUGUCAACCAUUCUGGAGCCAUCGCUUUGUCGCUACCAAACGUUCUUCAAGCAUCUGUGGAACAUCAAACAUGUGGAGUUCAUCCUGUCCGGCACCUGGAAGCGACAGAUGUUGAGCUCGAAGUUCCUCAAACCACUGCAGCAUCAAAUUGGCCCAAUCGUUUCCCGACUGCAGCUGAUUACGUCUCAAAUGAUCAACUUCACCUGCCAGAUGCAGUACUACAUACUGUUCGAAGUGAUCGAGUGUUCGUGGGUUCAGCUGAUGCCCCGCGUCAAACAGGCCAAAGCGCUGGACGAUAUUUUGGAGGCCCACCAGCUGUUCCUGGAUGAGAUUCGUAUCGGUAUUUUCCUGGACGAGAGCUCGCAACAAAUCACCAACACGCUGCAGCAUGUUUUUAACACAGUAAGCAAGCUAGAGGAAUGGCAGGAGCGGUUCUAUAGGCUUUGCUUUGCCGAACACGAAGCGAAGAAGGCUUUCCAGGAACAAAUAGCAUCCAGCGACCGUAAGGGUCAGUAUGGUAUUACCACUGAGCAGAUGCUGGAGCGUGACGAGCAGGCGAAAACGUUCGAGCAACAUCUUUCGACCCACCAGACACUGCUGCAGGACAUUGGAUUCGAUUACGAGAGCUAUGUUGGUCAGUUUCUGUACCAGCUGGCGAUCUCAACCAGUGAAACCUUGCGUCAGCUCGGAAUGCGGUUGGAUUACAACGAGUACUACAAGCACCGCGAUCGCAGGCUAAACGUACCGCUCACCUUCCAGCACAUUCGCAUGAGCAUGGCAGCGAACAGCUUCCGGGCUAAGACACCGGCCUCGGCGUCGAUGCUGUACUGACAGGAGUUUGGCAAUCAUCAUCACGGUAGUUGUUAUCGACCGGUGGAGGAGCAGGAUCGUCGGGUGCAGCAGUUUGUAGCGACGGAGAAAAGUCUGCGACCAUCGCAGAUGCUGUCGGCGUCUCGUGUGGUGCAGAUGAGGAAAGCACUCGUUCUUAAUACUCGUACUGUUAGCUAUUACAAUUGUUGUGAAUUAAUGUAGGGAAAGCAACAUUUGAGUGCCAACUUUUGAGGAAGAAAAUUGUUGAACAUAGCUAUGAAGAUUGAGCAUGUCCAAAUAUGAUUGAAAGCAAUAGAUAACUAAUUGUACAUGUAUAAAUUUUAAAUAAAACGUCUAAUAAAAAAAAACGAUUAACGCUUGUGAGC